AUGGCCUCUCAGAACAGAUCACCAUUGUUCUGCAUCCAAAUUCUCUGCUCAAUCUUUCACCUUCUAUUCUUCAAAACUCACCAAGUUUUCGCUCAAACCUCUCCUGUUUUCGCCUGUGAUGCCGAUAGUAAUCCCGGGUUGGCGAAUUUUACGUUCUGCGAUCCGUCGUCGGACGUGAACACUAGAGUGGAUGAUCUGGUGAAGAGGCUGACAUUGCAGGAGAAAAUUGGGUUCUUGGUGAGUGGUGCAGGGGAAGUGAGUAGGCUUGGAAUUCCAAAGUAUGAGUGGUGGUCUGAGGCUUUACAUGGAGUCUCUUACGACGGUCUAGGGACUCAUUUCUCCGGUGUCGUUCCGGGAGCUACUAGCUUCCCUCAGGUUAUUCUCGCGGCGGCUUCUUUCAAUGUUACUCUGUUUGAAGCCAUCGGAAAGGUGGUCUCAACUGAAGCCAGAGCAAUGUACAAUGUGGGUUUGACUGGGUUGACAUUUUGGUCCCCAAAUGUGAACAUAUUCAGAGACCCCAGAUGGGGAAGAGGCCAAGAAACUCCAGGAGAAGAUCCUCUGCUUUCAAGUAAAUAUGGAUCAGCAUACGUAAGAGGCCUUCAACAAAGAGAUGAUGGUGACAAAGAUAGGCUUAAGGUUGCUGCUUGUUGUAAACACUACACUGCCUAUGAUGUGGAUAAUUGGAAAGGAACUGACAGAUACCAUUUCAAUGCCGUGGUGACACAGCAAGAUCUGGAUGAUACAUAUCAACCCCCAUUCAAGAGCUGUGUUGUUGAUGGAAAUGUCGCCAGUGUCAUGUGUUCCUACAACCAAGUCAAUGGCAAGCCAACCUGUGGUGAUCCAGACCUCCUAACUGGGGUGAUUCGAGGCGAAUGGAAAUUAAGGGGAUACAUAGUUUCUGACUGUGAUUCAUUAAACGAGAUGUACAAUUCACAACACUACACCAAAACACCAGAGGAGACUGCAGCCACAGCUAUAUUGGCAGGGUUGGACCUCAACUGUGGAUCUUUCCUCGCCAAGAACACUGAAACUGCAGUAAAAGGGGGACUGGUAAAUGAAUCGGACAUUGACAGAGCUAUCUCGAACAAUUUUGCAACGUUGAUGAGACUUGGAUUCUUCGAUGGUGACCCGAGCAAUCAACUGUAUGGAAAACUUGGUCCAAACGACGUGUGCACCCCGAAAAACCAAGAGCUGGCCCGAGAGACCGCAAGACAAGGGAUAGUGUUGCUCAAGAACACUGCAGGAUCGCUUCCACUGUCUCCAAAUGCCAUCAAGUCCUUGGCAGUAAUUGGACCUAAUGCAAAGGCUACAAAAACCAUGAUUGGCAACUAUGAAGGCAAUCCAUGCCAAUACACAACUCCUUUGCAAGGCCUAACAGCCUCAGUUGCGACGGUGUAUCAGCCGGGCUGCGCCAAUGUGGCCUGCAGCAGUGUCCAAGCCGAUGACGCCAAGAACAUAGCAGCCUUGGCAGAUGCCGUAGUUCUCGUAAUGGGUGCUGAUCAAAGUAUCGAGGCAGAGACCCUCGACCGGGCCGGUAUUACUCUUCCGGGCCAGCAGUCAAUUUUAGUAUCAGAGGUUGCAAAUGUUUCCAAAGGACCAGUGAUUCUUGUUGUAAUGUCUGGUGGUGGCAUGGAUGUACAAUUUGCCAAAGAUGAUCCGAAAAUAACGAGCAUUUUAUGGGUCGGGUACCCGGGCGAAGCUGGUGGAGCUGCAAUAGCUGAUGUGAUCUUUGGGUUUCAUAAUCCAGGUGGGAGAUUACCCAUGACAUGGUAUCCACAGUCCUAUGCAGACAAUGUCCCCAUGACAAACAUGAACAUGAGACCAGACCCUGCCACGGGCUACCCGGGCCGAACUUAUCGGUUCUACACCGGGCCAACCGUGUACACAUUCGGCGAUGGACUAAGCUACUCCCAAUUCAACCAUCACCUAGUUCAAGCACCCGAGCUCAUCUCAAUCCCCCUCGAGGAAGGUGACGUUUGUCGCUCAUUAACUUGCAAAUCCAUCGACGUUGAUCAUAGCUGCAACAACCUAGCUGUUAACAUUUACGUGAGAGUCCAAAACAUGGGAAAAAUGCGCGGAAGCGAUACGAUUUUCUUGUUUUUUAGUCCCCCAUCUGUGCACCAUGCACCUCAGAAGCAAUUGUUGGGGUUUGAAAAGGUGUUUUUGACACCACAAGAAGAAGGGAUAGUUGGGUUCAGUGUUGAUGUUUGCGAGCAUUUGAGUGUGGUUGAUGAGGUUGGGAACAGAAAAGUUGCCUUGGGAGAGCAUAUCCUUCAUGUUGGAAGUUUGAAGCACUCCUUAACUAUAAGAAUUUAA